AUGGCAUCUCAGUCCGCAACAGCUGAUCGCGUAAACAACAAUGGCAGCUUCUACUCUCUCCAAAAUACCAAAAAGGCUGAUCACUGUACCAUGGCGGGCUCUGACAACAAGAAAUAUAUCGACUACUUAUCCUUUACAACAACAAGCACAAGAAGCAAGCGAAUUCUACAAGCAAGAACACCUAGAAUUGCAGAACUCGCUGAAGAAGUUGAUUGACACAGAAAUCAACCCACAUGUUGAUAGGUGGGAGGCCGAGGGACAGUUUCCAGCCCAUGAGGUCUUCAAGAAGCUCGGACAGGCGGGUUUUCUUGGUGUCACAAAGCCUGAAGAAUAUGGAGGACUUGGCUUGGACUACACAUACAGUGUUGCCAUGGGGGAGGCUCUUGGCAAUGUCAAUUGUGGUGCAAUCCCAAUGGCUAUUGCUGUGCAGACUGACAUGGCAACACCUGCGCUUGCCAGGUUUGGAAGUGACUAUGUCAAAGAGCAGUUCCUAGCUCCGAGCAUAUCAGGAGACUUGGUCUCAUGUCUUGGGGUAAGUGAGCCCUCUGGUGGAUCGGAUGUGGCCAGCUUGAAGACAACAGCCAGGCGAGAGGGGGAUGACUUCAUCAUCAAUGGCCAGAAGAUGUGGAUAACAAAUGCAUUCCAGGCCGACUGGAUGUGCCUCUUGGCCAACACCUCGCAGGGAGCACCACACAAGAACAAGUCUCUUAUCUGUGUGCCCAUGGAUACUCCAGGAAUACAUCUGAACAAGAGGAUUGACAAAAUGGGAAUGCGCUCUUCAGACACAGCACAGAUUUUCUUUGAGGACGUGAGGGUUCCAGCAAAAAACAUCAUCGGCCAAGAAGGAAUGGGUUUCACUUAUCAGAUGUUGCAGUUUCAAGAGGAACGUCUGGCUGCAGCUGCUUUGACUCUGGCCCCCUUGGAGAUCUGUAUCCGGGAAACCAUCAAGUACACAAGGGACAGGAUGGCCUUUGGUCAGCCUCUCCUCAACAAUCAGUACAUCCACUUCCGCUUGGCUGAACUGGAGACAGAAGUCGAGUGUCUGAGAUCCUUGCUGUACAGGGCAACAGAACUCUAUGUUGGUGGUGAAGAUGUUACCAAGUUGGCAUCCAUGUGCAAACUGAAAAGUGGUCGCCUAGUGAGGGAAAUUUCUGACUCGUGCCUGCAGUUCUGGGGAGGCAUGGGAUUCACAAAUGAGGUUCUAGUGAGUCGUUUCUACCGGGACCUUAGGCUUGUGUCCAUUGGAGGAGGAGCAGAUGAGGUGAUGCUGAGUAUUAUCUGCAAGUACAUGGGCAUCUUGCCACAAGCACCAAAAAAGAAAAAGUAGACAGACUGAAAGAUAUGUGUUAAAUUUUAGUUUACUGGGAUGGACAUUUUAAAAUCUUUUAAAACUUUUUCUUAUACUGUAAUUUGUAAAAAAAAAAAAAGAAAGAAAGUAAAAUAACUGUUAUUAGAUGUUACUAACAUUGUCAUUAAUGAUGGAAUUCUUAGGUAUGUACCGUCCACUUGUACUUUUAGUUUGGGCUCAACAGUUUUAGGGAUGAUAUUGGCCCCCAUGAUAGAGGAAAACCACAAGUUAUAACAGGAGUCUUCUAAUGAAAAUUCUAAACUACGCCAAUUUCAUAGAAAAACAGACCCAAAUGCAUCACCUUUAGGGGAUGUCUACAAAAGAGUUAUAUGCUUUGUUCCUUUAUAUUUUGGGUACUUGCCAAGGCUCUAUCUUACCAGAACAUUCAAAGGUGAAAGUUUUCUGGUCCAGUGUCUAGGUUAGAGGGGUGGCAGGCCCAGUAAAUUGAGUAAGUUUUGAUUAUUUUCUUUUAUAGCAUUUGUAUGGUUAGAAUUCUAUUGGUAUAGUACAUUUUAAGUAUAUAAAUUGUUUUCUAUAUAAAAUAGUUAUCUUACAUUCAGUCUUUGGGUAAAAAAAAAUACAAAGGAAAAAUCUGUGGGAAAAAAAGUCAAGAGUCCUUUGAAAGUAUAUGGAAAAUACAAAUUCAUACAGUUGAUUACCUGAGAAAAAAACAUCCCAGACACUUCAAUGCAAUGCAAAUAGGUUAAGAAUUAUAUUCUUAUGGUUAGUACAAGUAAUGAAAACAUGUUUAUGUUUUCCAAACAAAGGUGCUAUAGUUACAUCAGGAAUUUGUACAGAAAACAGUAGUUAUUUCUUUCAAACAUAGAUGGAGUGGUUUAGAUUGAUACAGGUACUAUAUAAUUUAGUAGUGAAGAUAAUAAAGUUUGUUUAUAGGGCUGGUUUUAUGCCUUAUUAAAUUCUAGCAAUUUAUUGGAGUUUUUUUUUUAUAAUUCUGAUCUUGAAAUGUGCUGUAUUAUUAAUAACUGGGAGGUAGCACCAUUAUUAAAUACAAUUUUGUUCCUCUAAUAUAUAUUUUUCUCAAGAUUUACAUUAGUAUUGAAAUGUAACUUUGCAGAAAGAAAAUACAUCUUAAAUAAAAUUUAUAUGUAAAACCA